AUGUCACAGCUUUCACAACGAGCAAAAGAACGUCUAGCAGCCGCAUUCUUUAAUGCACGUGAAAAUAUAGAUUUUGAAAACGUUUAUGAAGCAAUAUUAAUAUGUCCUGAAUGGUUGACAUUGAUUCCUCAAGACCGUCGUUGGGCAAUACUACAUCAAAUUGUAUAUCAUGGUGAAGUCGAUAAAUUAGAUCGUUUAUUGUCACUACAAGGAAAUAAUCCGAAAUUUCGUAUUUUAUCACCAGCUAGCGAUGGUCAAACGGUUUUGGAUAUAGCUAAAGAUGAAACAAAACCAAUGUUUGAAAGAAUUAAUCGUUUAAAAAAAAUGGAUGAUAUGUUAAAUUAUGCAAAGGAAAGAAAUUGGACGAAAUGUAAAGAAUUAAUUCAAGAACGACCAGAAAUUAUAAAUGAAAAACCACCGUAUAGAUAUUUUUAUUUGAUACAUCAUUUGGCUUAUAGUGGCGAUACAAAAAUAUUCGAUGACUUACGUAAAAAAUAUCAUUUUGAUCUAAAUUUAGUUGUUGGUAAUAAUAAAACUGCUUAUGAUAUUGCUUGUGAAAAUGAACAGGAAGAGUUUGCUAAUUAUUUAAAUCAAUUGAAAACAACAUCACCAAGAAAUGAAGUGGAUGAUCAUCCGAAAUCAAACCAUGUAGAAAUUGUACGUAAUCUAGAUGGUGAUGUAUUAUUAAAUAAAAAUGAUACUGGUACAUUAAUAACAUCAUUAUCACAAUUGAAUAUUGAUAACAAUUUAACUAAUGAAGAUGAUAAUAAUUUAUAUGAUUAUAUACGAAGAAUAUCAGAUCAAGAUAUGUUGCAGGCCAUUACAGAUCCAAUAUCAAAAAAAAUAUUACAAGAUCCAGUUCUUGCUUCCGACGGCUAUACAUAUGAACGUAAGAAUAUUUUGAAAUGGUUUGAAAAAUCGAAAAAUUCACCUGUUAAUGGAACUGAAUUAAAAGAUUUUGAAUUAAAACCAAAUAAGAUAAUCGAACAAAUGAUAAAAGCCAUAGUAUCACGAUCAAUGAAAAUUCAAAGUUCAUCAGCAGUGCCAUUUUCAACAUAUUAUAAAAUACAGCAAGGUGACACAUUAGCCAACAUUGCAAAUGCAAAACAUUUUACAUUAGAUGAAAUGAAAGCAGCUAAUCCUGAAUUAGAAAACUAUGACAGUUUACAAAUAGGACAAAUUAUUAAACUUCCACUUGUACAAAGAUUAAUCGAUAAAACUGUUACAACUCUUCCAGUUUCAUACGAUACAAAACCAGUUUAUCAACAUUCAGCAUUAACUACAACAACAACAACAACAGCAACAACAACGGCAGGGGAUCAAAAGUUAAUACCAGAAACAAUUAAGGAAAAUGAUUUGGAAAAAGUGAAAACGAAAUUUCAUGAAAUAUUCUUGAUUUCAGAUAAAAAUGGUGAUGGUCAAAUUAGUUUAGAUGAGUUUAAAUUAUUUCUUAAUAAUUUGGGUUUGAAAACACUAAAGGAUGCUGAUAUAGAACACUUGUUUUUAGAAAUAAAUCGCAAUNCAACAGCAACAACAACGGCAGGGGAUCAAAAGUUAAUACCAGAAACAAUUAAGGAAAAUGAUUUGGAAAAAGUGAAAACGAAAUUUCAUGAAAUAUUCUUGAUUUCAGAUAAAAAUGGUGAUGGUCAAAUUAGUUUAGAUGAGUUUAAAUUAUUUCUUAAUAAUUUGGGUUUGAAAACACUAAAGGAUGCUGAUAUAGAACACUUGUUUUUAGAAAUAAAUCGCAAUAAUAAAUUGGGUAUAUCGUCAUUAGUAUUUCAAAAUUUCUACGAUUAUUUUUUAAACAUGAUUCAACAAAAUACUUUACAUGUAAAUGAGAGACAAUCAUCCAGAUAUAGUCAAGUAGAAUUGGAUUUAUUUCGUGCAUUCUUAAAGGCGGAUAGCGAUGGUAUUUGUGCUGCUGGUGGAAUAACAACAUUUAUUAAUGAAAGAUGGAAAGAUUUUAAUCAUUUUAAACGUGAAGGUCGAGAAGGAAAAUUAGUGAUGAUUGGAGGUGAUGAAGCCACAGAUGUUUUACCCGGUGUAUAUAGUUUACUUGAUUUAAUAUGUUCAACAGAUGAACAAAAUGAAAUACGUCCAAAAUAUGUGAAAAUUUGUGAUGUACGAUGGAUAUCGAGUACAAAUAGUGAUCAAAAAGUAUCCGGUGAAUUAAUUUUUCCAACUGUAUUUGAUGGAAAAUUGCCUAUUGAUAUUGCUACAAAUUCAACGUUAUCAUAUUAUGGAUGUUGUUUAGCAAAUGAAAGCGGUUUAAAAGUAUCAUUGUUAAAUCGUCAUGCUAUUCAGGAUUUUACAUAUGAAUCAAAUUAUUUUAUGGAUUUUGUAAGUGGCCGAGCUGGAUUAGAAAGACAUGGAUUUGCACAUUUAGACACUCCUACACAGGAAGAAUCCGGCUUUUUCAUACUAGGUAAAAUGGUUAAUGAUAAUGAAUUGCACUUAACUGCAUUUAAAAUACCAACCAAACAUUCUUUAUAUGUGCCCCCAAUGACAAUACAUUCUAAUGAUUACAUGAGAGUCGAAUUAUCUGGUAUACGUGCUGAUCAUGCCUGGCAAGUUGAUGCAGCCAAUUUAUUAGAAUGGAAAAAUGUAAUGAAACAAGAGUCAAAAAUUAAUCAGCUUGAGCACAUUAAACAACUUGCUAAUAAUGAAUGGUCAAAACCGAAGGAAACAACAUCAUCUUAG